CUGCCACCAUGCCCUCGUCGCUCUAUGUGCCCGUCCUCGUGGCGGGCAUGCUCAUCACGGGCUCGAGCAACUCGCUGUGGACAAAGUUCCAGGACAUGCAAUGCGUCGAGAACUGCAGCGACCCGAACCCGCAGAACCAGAUGCACUUUGAGCAGCCCGUCUGGCAGUCGCUGCAGAUGUUCCUCGGCGAGAUGCUCUGCUUUCUUCCCGUCAUCUAUGCUUCGCUGGCGUCUAGACUGCGCAGACCGCACAUCGCGCUUCCCGGCGAGUCCGAGCCCCCGUCUGUACCCGCGCGCGACUCGCCCGAGGACGGCGACGAGCCUGCCCCCAAGCCAGCGAUUGCACCCAUGCGCCCGCUCUCGGGAUCCGCCGUGCUGCUCUUCUGGCUCCCGGCGGCGUGCGAUCUCACCGGCACCACGCUCAUGAACGUAGGCCUCUUGUACACCCCGGUCUCUAUAUACCAGAUGACCCGAGGCGCCCUCGUCCUCUUCGUCGGCGUCCUCUCCGUCAUAUUCCUCAGGCGCAGGCUAUUCCUGUACCAAUGGCUCUCCCUCGUGACGGUCAUGAUCGGUAUCUGCCUCGUCGGCUUGGCCGGGUCCAUGAUCAAGGACUCUCUUCGACAGAACCCCGACUCGCUGGCUGCCCGCGAUGCUGAGCCGAUCGACAAGCCCGAACCCACCACCGUCUUCGUGGGCGUGCUCUUUAUCUUGUUCGCCCAGAUAUUCACGGCCACCCAGUUCGUCGUCGAAGAGAAGAUCCUCGGCCACUACACCGUCCCCCCGCUGCUCGCCGUCGGCUACGAGGGCUUCUUCGGCUUCAUCUCCAUCCUCAUCCUCCUCCCCAUCAUCGCCCUCUUCCGCCCGUCCGCCCCGCCGCCCACCCUCACCUCCGUACUCGCCGAGUCGCCCUACGCGCGCUGGUUCGACCUCCGGACGGGCUGGACCGAGAUCGUGUCCACCCCCGCGGUGCUCUGGAGCUCGAUCGCCAUCGCGCUGAGCAUCGCGUUCUUCAACUUUUUCGGGCUCAGCGUGACGCGGCAUGUGAGCGCGACCGUGCGCAGCCUCACGGACACGUGCAGGACGCUCACCAUCUGGAUCGUGAGCCUCGGGCUGGGGUGGGAGAAGCUCGUGUGGCCGGUCAGCUUGUUGCAGGUCCUCGGGUUCAGUCUUUUGGUUUUCGGAACGUUUAUGUUCAACUCGAUUAUCCGUCCGCCCAAGUUCCUCUUGCCACGCUCCUCGGACGCGGCCCUCACCAGCAUGCCGACUAUCGUCGUCAGCGUUGCUGGGGACGAGGCGGAGGAAAGGCUCGCCCUUCUUGCCGGCGAUGCAGAGCACGGCGAAGCUAGAGGUUAAUGGUAGCUAUAGCUACGCCGGACUUCGAGCGAAAAUGCGUUCAGGAUUUCAUUGUCAUCGUGUACAUAUAUCAACCCUUGCAUCUUGCAUUUUGCAACAGUAAUUUGCACCCUCUAUUCCAUUAAUCUUC